AAAUUCUAAUAGUGAUGCCGGUGGUAGUGGCCACAUUUUCUCUUUCUUUCUUAAUUUGUUCCUUUUGUUUCUCUAGUGGGAUUGAUUGAGGAACUCUUAAAGAAGAAUCCCACCAAUGAUUAUUUCUCUCUCUAUCCUCACACAUUCCCUCCUUUAGGCUUUAAUUCCCUCCAAGCUAGAGCUAUAAGAGAAGAGUUGUGUUUCUUUAGCUAUAGAAACUCUCUUUUCUUGUCCGCUAAACUAAAUCCAUUAAGAAAAAAAACAAGUAUUUUUGCUUGGUUUCUUGCUUUGGGCAUGGGAAACUGUCUAUUUGGAGGCCUAGGAGUGGCAGAAGGAGUGAUAAAGGUGAUGACAUCUAAUGGUGGCAUCCUGGAGUUUAACACACCAAUAACAGCAGGAUCCAUCACAAAUGAGUUUCCAGGCCAUGCGCUUUUUCCAAGCCAGGAUCUAUUUUGGGGACCACUUUCCCUACAAGAAGAGCUUCAAGGAGGACAGUCUUACUAUUUACUGCCACUCCACAACUCAAAAAUUGGUGGCCAAAUAGUAAGAGAAGGUCAUGUUAGAUCAAAGAGUAUACCAGCUGUUGCUGCCACAUCAAAUAUUGUCACACCUUAUAGGAUGUCCUUAGAUUAUCAAGGCGCGUUAAAGAGAUCAUACACUGAAGUUUUCUCUAGGUACAACAACAGCUACGACAAAAGUAAUAAUGGGUUUUGGAAAGUGAAGCUUGUGAUUAGUCCAGAGCAGCUAGUGGAGAUUUUGUCACAAGAGGCUAGGACAGAAGAGUUGAUCGAGAAUGUGAGAGCUGUAGCCAAAUGUGGAAAUGGGUUCUCAUCAUCAGCUUCUUCUGUUGAGUUUUCAGAUUCUUGGAGUCUAUCCAGCAGUAGGAAUGCUUCUUGUAAGAAAGAUAGUUUAGUGGAUAUUUAGUGUGAAGUGUUACAGUUUGAUUGAAAACUCUGUCUUAUGUUAUAAUUACAUUACUAGUCUAUUUUCUUAAUCAUACGCUGAGAAAAGAUUAGCAA